GCGAGAUCCUGCUUGCAAGGAGACUCUGGGCUAAGGUCGCGGUGGGAACCGGAAAACUUCAGAAUCUUUGCUGCGUCCGGGACGCGAGGGGUGUCUGCUUGUGCGGCCGAGGGUUCCCAGAAACAGAGCGGGGUUCUAGCGGUUCUUUUUGUUGUUGCUGUUGUUGUUUUAAAGAGGAAGGGAGGGAAGAGUGGACAGAAUGCUGACUGGAGCAUCUCAGAUGCUAAGAGCGAAAUAAUUCCAUAUUCUCCUUCCUUCAAUUGCUUUAUUAGAUUAACCUCCUUUUUCAGUGAAUGCUCAUCUGUGAAAUCGGCUAGUGUGUUUGGCAGAAUUUGACCGAAUACGGGGGUGAGAGUUUGAUCCAAUCCAAGUGCUUUUUAAUUGGCACGUGCAAUUCAACCACUGUUUAUGAUGGAAUUUCUGAAGACCUGUGUGCUUAGAAGAAAUGUAUGUACUGCGGUUUGCUUCUGGAGAAGCAAAUUUGUACAAAAGUCUUCCGUUGUUAGAAAGAUUAGUACUACCUCUCCAAGGAGUACUGUCAUGCCGGCUUGGGUAAUAGAUAAAUAUGGGAAGAAUGAAGUGCUUCGAUUCACUCAGAACAUGAUGUUACCUAUCAUACACUAUCCAAAUGAAGUCAUUGUUAAAGUCCACGCUGCGAGUGUAAAUCCUAUAGAUGUUAAUAUGAGAAGUGGUUAUGGAGCUACAGCUUUAAAUAUGAAGCGUGAUCCUUUACAUAUUAAAGUCAAAGGAGAAGAAUUUCCUCUGACUCUGGGUCGAGAUGUGUCUGGUGUGGUGAUGGAAUGUGGACUUGAUGUGAAGUACUUCAAACCUGGAGAUGAGGUCUGGGCUGCAGUUCCUCCAUGGAAACAAGGCACUUUCUCAGAGUUUGUUGUAGUCAGUGGAAAUGAGGUUUCUCACAAGCCCAGAUCACUCACUCAUACUCAAGCUGCCUCUUUGCCGUAUGUGGCUCUCACAGCCUGGUCUGCCAUAAACAAGGUUGGAGGCCUGAAUGACAAGAAUUGCACAGGAAAACGUGUUUUGAUCUUGGGCGCUUCAGGCGGAGUUGGUACUUUUGCUAUACAGGUAAUGAAAGCAUGGGGUGCUCAAGUGACAGCAGUUUGCUCUCAAGAUGCCAGUGAACUUGUAAGGAAGCUUGGGGCAGAUGAUGUAAUUGAUUACAAGUAUGGAAAUGUAGAAGAACAGUUGAAAUCUUUAAAACCGUUUGAUUUUAUCCUUGAUAAUGUUGGUGGAUCCACUGAAACGUGGGCUCUAAAUUUUCUUAAGAAAUGGUCAGGAGCCACAUAUGUGACUCUGGUGACCCCUUUCCUCCUGAACAUGGAUCGACUCGGCAUAGCAGAUGGCAUGUUGCAGACCGGAGUCACUGUGGGUUCAAAAGCACUAAAGCACUUCUGGCAAGGAGUCCAUUAUCGCUGGGCCUUUUUCAUGGCCAGUGGUCCAUAUCUAGAUGAAAUUGCAGACCUGGUGGAUGCAGGAAAGAUCCAGCCAGUUAUUGAACAAACUUUUCCUUUUUCUAAAGUUCCAGAAGCCCUCCUGAAGGUAGAAAGAGGACAUGCACGCGGAAAGACCGUAAUUAAUGUAGUUUAAAUAAAUACUCAGUUUAGUGA